AUGCUCUUGCGUGAUCCUCUUUCCUACGGUAACUAUGACAACAGCUCUGAAAUUCAUGGAUUCUCCAUAUUAUUAGCUGGAAAUCGCGUGCUCAAACCACCACAGACAUCCCCUAAUACCUCAUUAUUUAUAACAUCAACUCUCGGCUCAGCUGACCACCAAAAUCUUCUCAUUUUUGGCUCAUCAAGUUUUGACAUUCGAACCGUGCUAUCCGAUGCAACUUCUGCAGUACAAAAUAAGGAGCAUAUGAAGGAAGAAGAGAAGGAACUGUUUGCUGCUAUUGAAGCAGGAGAUGCUGCGAAAGUGACUGAGUUGAUCAAGUCCGGUAUUGAUAUCAAUUGUCACGAUGCAGGAGGGAUGUCUCCGCUCUCAACUGCUGCCUACAAGUAA